AUGAGGGCAAAGUUACUUAUUAUUCAAAUUGUGGUAAUUUUAAUCAUAACAGUUAGGUCUCAAAACUUGAUUAGAAUAGAAAAUGGGGUUGAAUUAGUCUCUAAAAAACAAGAAUCCAAUCUUGGAAAUAGGUUAACAGUUUUGAUAAAAAAGAUAAAAGAAGUUAAUGAACCACAAUAUGAAGAAUCAAACAGAAUAAUAUUUGUUUACAAGGAUAACAACGGCUCAAAUGAAUUAUUUUCAAGAUUAAGAUUGAGGUUUAAAAAUAUAAUUGAAAGAGCUUUCAACAUACUAAAGUUAAAUAUGGAGAUAAUACAAACCAAAGAUAACGACCAAAUGACCAAAUUCCUUGGUGUAAUCAAGGAUCAAGUUAGCUUGUUUCAAGAUUUGAUUCAGGGAGUAUAUUUGGACGAGUUUAUUGGAUUUGAAGAAAACAACUACAGAAAUACAUUCGAGAUACCAAGAAUAAAUAACUCCUUAAGGCCCACAAUAGCUAGUGAUAACUAUUCAGCUAUUUAUCAAAGACAAUGGUUUCAUAACGAUUCCAGAUUUGGAAUCAAAUCGGGGAAAAUGUGGAAGAGAGUGUCGGAGCUUAAAGAUCAAGGAAUGGGAAAUGUAGUGAUUGCAGUUAUUGACUCUGGGAUUGACUUUGAGCAUCCUGAUUUAAGGGGAAAAAUAUGGAGAAAUUUCGGAGAAUUUGAUUGUAAUGAUGGGAUUGAUGACGAUAUGAACGGUUAUGUAGAUGAUUGUUAUGGUUGGAACUUUGUGGACAAUAAUAAGAUACCAUUAGACAAUAAUGGACAUGGAACACAUAUUUCAGGUAUAAUUUCUGCAAUUCCAAAUACUGAAGUUGGAAUUACAGGAAUUUGCUGGUUUUGCCAGAUAAUGGUAUUAAAAGUUUUAGAUUCAAAGAUCAGAGGAUUUUUGUCAGGAUUUGUCGAAGCUAUUGAUUACGCUUUGGAUAAAGGAGUGAAAAUUUCUAAUCACAGUUAUGGAAGCAGGAGUAUUGAGCUAUUGAGGCUUGCAAUUAAAAGAAGCGAAGAUCAGGGAAUGUUGGUAAUUGUGGCUUCUGGAAAUUAUGAAAGUGAUAGAAAUAACGACAUUGUCCCAACUUUCCCUUCUUCUUUCAAAUCUGAAAAUAUAAUUUCUGUAACUUCUAUUACAAGCAAUGGAGAGCUAAUGGAAAGAGCAACUUAUGGAAGAAAAACUGUCCAUAUUGGAGCUCCUGGAGUUAAUAUUUGUUCAACAUACUUACAAGGAGAAUACAGAUGUAUGGAUGGAAGCUCAUUUUCUGCUCCAAUUAUCACGGGAAUAGCCGGAGUCUUGCUUUCAGUAUUCCCUAAUAUUUCAAUCUACUCUAUAAAAGACUGCAUUUUGAAAAGUGCCACCAGGAUUAGAGGACUUCCAGAUAAUGUAAGAGAAAGGUUAAUAUUAAGAUUAGGAAUAACCAGAAAUGAUGGGGAGAGGAGAAUGCACACCUCUAGGCAUAAUCAUUCUAUCACCCAUGGCUCUUCAUGUAGUUCUGGCGAUUCUGCAGAUGAGGUAUUAGAACGCGAGGAUUUUUCAUUCAAACUUUUGGAUUUGUCUCAAAAUGACUCUUCAAGAGUUAAGUAUUUGGGAAAACUAAGUUAUUUAAAAAUUUGGAUUCCCUCAGCUCAUAGGCCUCCAAAACAUCAGACUGCAAUUAUCUUUGAUUGGGAUGACACCUUAUUGUGUACUACAUUCUUAAAUGAACAGGUACCUAAAAAGCAACAAAUGAAUAUAAGUUCAAAUUCACAAGGCAGUCUGAACGCAUCAGCCCAAGGCUUAUUGGAGAAGGAUAUUAUGGUAUCCCAAAAAGAGUCAUUUAAUAACUCUCAGUUUUUGUUGCUUCCGGAAAAUAUUCAGAAUAUCAUGAAUCAAAUUCAAAGGUGCGUAAAAGAAUUGCUACUAAAAGCUAUGGAUAUGGGCAAUGUAUUUUUAAUAACUAAUGCUUCAGAAGGAUGGGUUGAUUAUUCAGCUAAGAUGUAUAUGCCAGAAGUGGUUGAUGUUCUCUCUAGAUUAACAAUUAUUUCGGCGAGAUCAAAAUACGAACAUAAAUAUCCAGGAGCAUAUCAUAAGUGGAAGUUUAAUGCAUUUUUGGAGAUUCAAAAAAAAUUGGAUUCAGAGACUAUUACUAAUCUUAUUUCAAUAGGUGACUCUAUUAUUGAAAUGGAAGCUGUUCAUAUACUUGGAAGAGAGUUUUCCGAGUCUCUGGUAAAAACCAUAAAGAUGAAGGAGUCUCCAACUCCUGACGAGUUAUUUAAACAACUUUCUUUAAUUAACGCAAAAUUUGAAAAUAUUUGUCUGAACGCACGAAAUCUCAAGAUUGUUCUGGAAAAAAGAUCUUUGUAG